AUGACCCUUGAAGAAGAAUUUCUCAUUUCCAGAGCAAACAUAGUAACUCCAGUGCGACCUUUCAAAGAAAGUUCGAAGUUGAUGGCAACAUCUGAAUCUGAGAGUGAAAUUGUAGCUCAAUCUCCUUUGUCAGACCCUUUCAUUUGCUCCUCUAUUCCCUUUGUUUAUUCCCCAUCCCCAUCCCCAGCCCAUUCUCCAAAAGCCACGUUCCAAACGUGGUGCUACUCCGAGGCCACACCGGAACUCGAGGCCACUCCAUCGACACCGAUUGCUACCGAGCAAUCCUGGAUCCACCGAAACUCGAAGACCAUCAAAACAGACGGCCAGAAAGAUCCACGUCCCCGCUCGUUCUGGCUGGGCACCCUCAAGUGA